AUGAAGACUUUACUACUUCUCUUACUCAUAAUUUUCUCGUUUCUUUUAUCAUUUUCCUCAGCCGAGCAAUGUGGUCGACAAGCUGGAGGUGCUCUCUGCCCCAACGGUCUAUGCUGCAGUUCGUACGGAUUCUGCGGUUCCACCGAACCUUACUGUGCGCUACCUGGCUGCCAAAGCCAGUGCACUCCCGAUGCUACUCCUCCUCCUCCCCCUCCACCUUCUCCUCCUCCACCUUCUCCUCCUCCACCUUCUCCUCCUCCCCCUCCUCCUUCUCCUCCUCCACCUUCUCCUCCUCCCCCUCCUCCUUCUCCUCCUCCACCUUCCCCUCCUCCUCCUCCACCUUCACCACCUCCUCCUCCUCCCUCUUGUCCUCCUCCUCCUCCUGAUCCCACUGGCGGUCUUACUGAUAUCAUUACAAGAUCUCAGUUCGACGAGAUGCUUAAACAUAGGAACGAUGAAGCUUGUCCCGCUAGAUGUUUUUACACUUACGAUGCCUUUAUUCACGCUGCUAAAACUAUCCCCAGUUUCGCAAACGUCGGAGACACUGCUACAAGAAAGAAAGAUCUCGCCGCCUUCUUUGGUCAGAGUUCCUACCAAACCACCGGUGGAUCGCCCACGUCACCAGACGGACCAUACACAUGGGGUUACUGUCACAAGGAAGAGGUGAAUCCUCCUUCAGACUACUGUUUACCGCAAAAGGGGUGGCCAUGCGCACCUGGCAAACGCUACUACGGAAGAGGACCUAUGAUGCUGACAGGGAACUACAACUACGGAGUGUAUGGACUAGCCCUUGCAAUGGACUUACUCAACAACCCUGACCGUAUCGCUAACGACCCAGUGGCCGCUUUCAGAGUCGCGAUUUUGUUCUGGCUCAAGCCUUCUCCGCCUGGAAAACCGCGGAGCCAGGACGUGAUAACCGGUUUAUGGGAGCCUUCAAAUGCAGACAUUUUGGCCAGGAGAGUACCGGGUUACGGUGUGAUUACGAAUAUCAUUGACGGUGAAAAAGAGUGUGGACAUGGCCCAGACACAAGAGUUGCGGAUAGGAUUGAGUUUUAUCUGAGGUGCUGCAAAAUCUUAGGAGCUGAUCCAGGAAUUAACCUUGAUUGUUACGGACAGAGGCCCUUUGGUUCUGCUAAUUUCCUUAAAGCUGCUAUUUAA